UAGUUUGGAUAUCACAGAAGCUAAAGCUAGCAUAUAGUUGCUUUUUUCGAGUAACAAUAAAAUUAAACACUUUACGAAUCUUUAAUAUUUAUAAAGCCCACGUAUAAAUAUAGCGAUGGGCAGAAAAUAUGAAUAAACAGUAAGCUGAGCAAGUAUAUUGAAGUCGCGGCGUUAAUAGCUGAGUCCUACACAGAAAGAAUCACAGAGUUUUUCGCUUUUGUGUUGAUAAAAAUAAAAACAUGACUCUGGCUGUUGGCCGCGAGCCCCGAAAAACUGCGGGAAACCGUAUGUCCAAACUCCUGGAUGCUGAAGAAGAGGAUGAAUUUUACAAAACAACUUACGGAGGAUUCAACGAUGAAUCUGGAGACGAUGAGUAUCAUGGAGAUCAUUCAGACACAGAAGAUGAAGUGGACAGUGACUUUGAUAUUGAUGAAGGCGAUGAGCCGGACAGCGACCAGGAGGAGGAUGCACCGAAAAGGAAGAGCCGUGUAGUGACUAAGGCCUAUAAGGAACCAAUAAAAGUGGCCAAACCUAAACCCAAAAAACCUGUAGAGGAGCAGAAGAAGACUGAGAGAACUAGAGUCGAACAUAAAAGGAGAGUUACACAAGAGUUUCAAGAUUUUGGUGAAAGUAAGGGCAAAAUAACUCGUAAAUCCGUACGACAGUCCACAAGUGAACACACUCGUAAAACAAAUCUACGUCUACAAGAACGGCAGUAUGCACCACGCCGGAGAAGAGGAGCUCACCGGGACAAACCCCUCACUCAGGAGGAGCUGCUGGCAGAGGCCAAGAUCACUGCUGAGCUCAACAUCCGAUCAUUAGAAAAUUAUGAAAGACUGGAGGCAGAUAAGAAGAAACAAGUUCACAAGAAACGCCGCUUUGAUGGACCAACAAUCCGCUACCACUCAGUCCUGAUGCCUAUAGUCUCUUCCUCUAUGUUGAAGGAAGAAAAUGUUGAUGUUGAAGGAUUGGAUCAGGAUGUCCCUCAGGCUACCACAGCUAACCCAGGCACACCGUCCCAACAGCAGCAGCAGCAGCCAACUGGGGGCUUGUGCUCUCGUACGUACAUAACAUUCAGUGAUGAUGACGCGUUUGAAGCAGCCUUUCCCAACAGAGGUCAGUCCGCUCCCCAGCUCCCCAUUCAGGAGGUCUGCCCCGUCACCCACAAGACUGCUUUGUACCGGGACCCUGUCACUGAUAUACCCUAUGCCAACGCACGGGCCUUCAAGAUCAUCCGAGAGGCAUACAAGAAAUAUGUAGCUGCUCACGGGUUUCCAAACACAUCAGGGGCAGCUUCAGGACAGGACGUGGCGUCAAAAGGAGCUCGGCCAAAGACGGUGGCUAAACAGACUGCUGCAGCAACAUAAAGUCACACUUAUUCAUUUUUACUUGUUAUAUUAUUGUUUUGUACUUUUAAUUGUCUAUUUGCGCUUUUGUGAGAUGAACUUUCAAUGGCAUUGCUGGACAAAAAUACACACUGGUUUAAUUUGAAUACAAAUGACAGUAUUCAUCAAGACUAAACUGGUUGCCUUUGAAAUCUUGGACAGUUUUUAUACAAAAUAAAUUCCUAAAUUACUCACAAA